CCUUUUCAGUGCAAACCUGUCCGUCAGAGUGACAGUAUCGACAGAGCUCGCUGCAGUGGCAAGCGUGGAUAACCAGGAACAGCACUUUGAAGCAAGGACUCCAACUCGGACCAGCCGUCCAUCAAAAUGAACUCCGAGCCUGUUGUCAUUGUCUCCGCCGCUCGGACACCAAUUGGGUCCUUGAACGGUGCGCUGUCAACGGUGUCUCUGCAUGACCUGUGCUCAGUGGUGAUAAAGGAUGUAUUAAAGCGGGCUGCAGUGAAGCCAGAAGAGGUCUCUGAGGUUAUCAUGGGACAUGUCCUAACAGCAGGUCAUGGGCAGAACCCUGCACGUCAGGCCAGUGUUGGGGCAGGUAUCCCCUACCCUGUCCCGGCCUGGAGCUGCCAGAUGGUGUGUGGCUCUGGGCUGAAGGCCGUGUGUCUGGGAGCUCAGUCCAUCCAGUCUGGAGAGUCCACUGUGGUGGUGGCAGGGGGCAUGGAGAGUAUGAGCAGGACUCCUCACACCGUGUACAUGAGAACAGGUGUGAAGAUGGGCGAUGCCUCACUCCAGGACUCCAUAGUGGCUGAUGGCCUGACAGACGCCUUCCAUGGCUACCACAUGGGCAUCACAGCUGAGAAUGUGGCGAAGCAGUGGCAAGUCAGUCGAGAGGAGCAGGACCAGUUUGCUGUCCAGUCCCAGAACAAAACGGAGGCUGCACAGAAGGCGGGACAUUUUGACAAAGAGAUUGUCCCAGUCACAGUGCAAACCAGACAAGGUCCAGUGGAGGUGAAGGUGGAUGAGUUUCCUCGGCAUGGCAGCAACAUGAGUAGCAUGUCCAAACUUAGACCCUACUUCUUAAAGGAUGGCAGCGGCACGGUCACUCCUGGAAACGCCUCAGGCAUUAAUGAUGGAGCGGCAGCAACUGUCCUAAUGAGCCAGUCAGAGGCUGCAAGGCGUGGCAUAAAACCCAUGGCCAGAAUUGUGUCUUCGGCUCAAGCUGGUCUCGACCCAUCUGUCAUGGGAAUUGGACCAAUACCAGCCAUCAGGAAAGCGGUUGAGAAAGCAGGCUGGCAGAUGGGCGACAUUGACUUAUUUGAGAUCAACGAAGCGUUUGCUGCCCAGUCUCUUGCAGUGGUUAAAGAGCUUGGUCUGAAUGUUGACAAGGUGAAUGUGAACGGUGGUGCCAUUUCUCUGGGCCAUCCAAUUGGUAUGUCCGGCUGCAGGGUGCUGGUGACCUUGCUGCAUGCACUUCAGAGGACUGGAGGCCAUAAGGGCGUGGCGUCGCUCUGCAUCGGAGGAGGGAUGGGCAUUGCCAUGUGCGUAGAGAGGGUUUGAGACAUAUUUACGCUACGCUAUACGCUACGGAUUGCACUGAACUUUCAAUGGAUAAGGGAUAAUGAAAGUCAUGAGUUUACGCUGCAGGACAGGAUAUAAACUGGUUUACCUGAGUUUUUCCAAAUCGCUGUAGUUGAGGUAAAAGUGAGCAUUUGAUGUGAUUGUUGGAUCUUAGCCAAUCAUUGUACUGUGAACUUAAAUUCGUACCUCCUCAGGUCUGAAUAACAUGUGGCUUAAUGUUAGAAGACUUAUAACAUGUAGAUGAUGCAAAUCUUUUGUUCUGACAACUUCAACAUCAACCAGUAGUAGCUAAAAAUUGUUCUUACAACCUGGUAUUAGAUGUGGUAAAUAUGCAGAAUACUGCAGUUAGCAGUUUUUGGCAAUCAGUGAAAAGUGGUUGUUUCUCAGCUGAAGAACCUGUCAUUUACCUGCACGACUAAAAAUGAAACACUACAACUGCAAAGGCAUGGUGCCCAGUAUGGACAGGCUUUGGUAGACAUGCUACCUUCUCUGUAGAGUGUAUUUUUUUAACUUGUAAUUUGUUUCACACGCUCUGUAUGUUGCUCUAGAAAUGGAUCCUAAUCAACAUUCCACUUUCUCAAACCAAGAGAGCAGCCUUGAAACGUAACUGUGUCAUAUACUUACGUAGGCUUGCCUUAUAUAACCUUGUGCUUCCUGUACAUAACCUGAUGUUUUGGGAAAUGUAUCCUGUAAUUCAGCCGUUCUACAUAUCAAUAAACAAUUAUAAGCCAUAGA